CGUAAAUUAACUUUAAAAAUAUUUUAAGCUUCUUAAAAUGUAUCAGCUAAGAUUUUUUCAACCAGCGCUUUCAGUAUGAAAAAUGAGGGUUUUCCAGUUAUCGCUAGCUUAAAUGCGCACUAAAGAUUGUCUAUCUCUACAAGGUAAAGGACGCAAUUUAGAUGUUGAGCAAUUAUGAGUGAGAUAAGAUGCCAAAAUCCAAUAGACUGAAUAUGGGACCUCAGUUGUUCCGAAUACUUCUAGUCAUCAACAUAUUUGUAUUUGUUACAGAAACUUUGAAUUAUUCCUACCGAUUUAAUGUAUAUCCUGUGGAUAAAUGUCCUAAUAACAGAACUGAGUUUGAGACGGCAGCAAAAAGAAGAAAUUGUACCCGAAACACACGAUAUCUGUGUGCUCCUGACAAAUACUUGACAUCGCUGAUUGAAUUCUGCACGGACCAAAAGAUAUCUCUUUAUGAAAAAGAUAAUUGCAUAAAACUGGAAGGUACAGGCUACUUGAAUCAUUAUGAAUGUGCUGAUAAAUUCAUCAGUGGUUGUCCAACGAUGCCAUUUAUCGACGAGGAGAUAUAUGACUAUCCAGCCUGCAUAUCAAUCAAUAAAGAUCGAAGGUGCUUUGUUGCUGAAAAAGACUGUCAUGAAAGACAUUCGGCAACAACUGCAGGAAAUGGCAAUAGACCGAGAAGAGAAAAUGGAGAAAAUAUAAUCAAUUUAGACAGCAUAAACAAAACGACUUUCUUGAUUGUCGUCAUACUUCUGCUUGUUAUGCUGAUACUAUUAGGAUUGACUUCCUUCAUCUUUUACAAAAGAAGCAGAAAGGAAAAAGGUAGGAUGGAAAACCCAUUAUACAGGGAAAGGAACUCAAGAAUUAAGUUUGCUAAACUUAGUUACUAUUUGGCAGAACAUUUUCCACAUGAAAAAUUACAGGAACUGAAAUAUCUGUUGGAAGGGUCAGGCAAGGUUAAGAACAUGACAUCUCUGCAAUCGGCAAAGUCUGCCUUAGAAUGUUUUACAAUUCUUCAACGCGAAAAGCUAUUUGGCCCAAACGAUGUUAUUUUCAUGCAGUUUCUUUGCAGCGAGACAAAUUGUAAAGAACUAUAUAAAAAAUGCAUAGAAUAUGCAUUAAGUGAAAAUGCGCUGUGCUAUUUUGAAAGUCCACCAGACAAAGGACGUAAGAAAGUAGAGUUCCAUAUAAAAGGAGAAUUAAAAGAUUAUUCUAGGGAGGAAAUAAAGAGUAUUGUAGAUGUUGUUGCUGACAUACUUGAUUGUAAAGUAGAAGAGAUUCGAGUUAGUGGUGUUCGGCCUUCAACAAGUUUUUAUCUAGUUCUCUCAAUAAAAGAGAAUGACGCUCAGAAGCUUUCGUAUAUGAAUGAGGAAGACGUUCUUAGACUCACGAAGUUUAACAUUGACAUUUUAAUUGUUGACGAAAACACAAUUACCAUCAACAGCGAAAAUGGUGCUCAUAUUUCACCAGUGCCUAAAACAGAAGAUAUGGAAAAAAGAAUUCGGUUAAAUCUAGGGACUGAAUCAAAUAUUGCAAAAGAAGCUAAAAGGCAAUGUAAACCUCUUUUGAUGAAAGGGGCAGGAGAAGAAAAAGAAGAGCGCACCAGAUUUAAGGAAGAAUUAGAAGAAAAACAUCUAAACCCAAAAAAUACUGUUCAUAAAGGUGUAGGAACGAAACUUUAACAUGUAAGAACGGACGUUGAACAUUUAAAAAGGGAUUUGAACAAGCGGAAGUUCAACAUGGGGAUGGUUUCUUAACGAUGGCUGUUAAUACCGCUAAAUCAUGGUGGUCGUGGUAAAAAGUUAAGAAACAAGGACAACGUUGUAACAGAGAGAGAGAGAGAGAGAGAGAGAGAGAGAGAGAGAGAGAGAGAGUUUGUGUAUAUAUGUAUAUAUAUAUUUACAUUUUCGAGUGUCUUUGCCUGUGAUAACACUACGUAUCGAUUUUGUACUAUAAUAUGUUUUACGGUGUGACCGUUGGGGCGAGCGCAUAAGGAACCACACAUCUGUCAUCAUUGUUAAAUGCAACCCGUGCGUGGACUUGCCCUAACCAAAAAACUUUGGCUUUGUCUCGAAAACUUUUACCACCGCAAGGAACCCGAAGUUAUCAAACUUUUAUUCCAAUGGCCCUUUCCUAGUCUUAUACACUUAAACAAACUACCACUGAGCAUUAAUAAAAUGUUAAACAGACUUACACUCUAUUAAAAUAUUUUGAUAAACAC